UAUUAAUGAAGCCUAAGGCUUAGUUUUAUACUAGAAUAGUAGUAUUACUACUUGGGCUUUAUUAGUAUUAUACAAUAUCACUAAGAUAUUCAGAGUAAGCCUUGGAUCUUUCUUGUCCAUUUUGAUAGUGAUUAUGUAAGAAAUAAAUUAAUGAAAAAAAUAAUAGAACUAGAGGCAUAGAUGUAUUUUAAGUUACUGGUUAGAGUAGGUUCAAGAACUGCUUUUCUAAAUUAUUGAUGCUUACCUGGUCAAGAGCUGUUGCAGAAAUCCUCCAUAAUAUAUACUUCCUUCUUCUGUCUAAUCAGGUUAAAAUCUUCAGUAAAAGAAUGAUAGGAGUAUCUGAAACUUAAUCAGGACUAUCCUGAUUAAUGACCAUGUCAUCCAACCUUAUACCAAUUUUAUCUUCAAGUCCUCCUCCUCUUAAUGAGGGAACAUUUGUUGAAAAUGAUGAUGAUGAGUUUGGAGACUUCACAGCAGCAAAUGAAACCAACUGUGAUGCAUCUUCUAAUAAUGUUAUGUCAAACUUGACAUGUUUUCAAGAUAACCAUGCAAAUCAACCAGGAAAACCAGAAGCACAUGAAGUUGGAAGUGAAAAUAAUAGUGUUUCAACAGUAGGGAAUUAUAAUGAAGAUGAACAACAGUUUGCAGAUUUUUCAUGUUUUUCUACACCUGAACAACCAAAACCUUUGAAUGGUGUUAUUGACCAAAAUAUUGAUCCUUGUAAUCAAGUACAGUCAGAAACUCAUCAUAAAUCAGAUCUUGUAUCAGAAGUUAAUGAACAUCAUAAGAAUCAAUUAUUUUCACAAAGUGAUGAAUUAGAAAAACAUGUGGAUAAUGGAUGUAAGUUACUGACAGGUGUUUCAGAAUUUGAAAGUGCAAUGAAUCAUGAUAUGAAUAGUUCUUUUGAGGAAGAACCGAUUUCAGAUGUCAAAUUUGUAUCAACAAUAUGCUUUAAAACGGACAGUAUUUCUAGUGAAAAGUUAGUGUUAAAUAGUGAUCAAAUCACUUCUAGUCAUUCUUCAGAAGCUCUGGUAACACUGAGAUCAGAACAUGGUGAAAGGGUACCUUCUUUAAAUUCUAGUAGUGACAAGAUAUCAACUACUUUCCACAAUGAUCAGAAAGAAAAUAAUGGAGAUUCAGAGGCGUGCAAGAUUGAACAAAGUUCCUCAGCUACAUCUUCAUCCAGUGUACCUCCACUAAACAUAUCUGAUGAUGAAGAUGAAUUUUUUAACUCUGAUGGAUCAACAGGCCAUUCACCAGAAAUACAGUGUUGUACAAAACCAAUACAAGAAUCUACACAUGUUCCAGAAGAGGAUAAAUCUGAUAUUCAAUGCUCUUUAUCCACUUCUACUAACUCUAAGUUUAUUAGCUGUUCUGCUUAUACAUGGAACACACAAAAUAUCAUUUCCAAUGAAUCCUGUUUUGUUGGGGAAAACCUCCACAAAGGAAUUACAAAUGGGCAGGAAGAUGUUGAAAAAGAUGAUAUACCAGAAUUGGACCUUCCAGAGGUUGAUGAUUUUGAUUUUGGAAGUUUUACAAUGGCUACUGCCAAUAAAGACAUAAUUCAUGAUGAAGUAGGCUCCACUCCUAACAGUUAUAUAGAUCAUGAGGAAACAAAGUCAUAUUCUUUAGUCUUGAACAAAAAUAUAAGUUCAAAAGCCUUUGAAGGAAUAUCAGAUCUACCUGAUGGAAUAUGUGCUUUAGACACAGGGGUUAAUGAAAUGAACAUUGAAAGCCUACAAAGGAUGGAGAUAUCAAACUUGAACAGAGAAGAAAAACUUUGUAGUAAAAGUGAUUCAGUCCAGUCAUUUGGUGAGAAAGGUACAGAAUGCUUUGAAAACAGUGUUGAAAUUCCUAGUACUAUAAUUAUAAAUGAAUUUCCAGCAAUGAAAUUUUCAAAUGAUAAAUAUUUAUAUGAUGAAUUUCAAAGUGUACAACAAAUUAUGCAAGAAGAAUCAUCUGUUGGAGAAGGAAAUGACUCGGAGAGUGAUGAUUUUGGUAAUUUUGAAAGUGCUAAACAAAAACUAGCAGAACCUGAAGGUUUUGCAGACUUUGAAAAUGCUUCAUUUAGUGAAAGAGUGGAAGUAACCAGUGAAGUACUGCCAGAGAACUCGGAUAGUAACUUUGCAGAUUUUGUGAGCUCGGACAUUUCAAGUCCUAUUUUGAAUGAUAAAAAUUCAGUGAUACAGCAUGGUAAAAAUAAUGAAGAUUUUGCUGAUUUUGAAUCCUCACAAAGCCUACCUUGUUUGCCAACAAAUCUUUUAACAGGAAUGGUGUCUUCUACCACAAAGUUAAAGGAGUACUUUACUGUAGUGUUUCCUGGAAAGGUUUUGGAAGAGCAUGUCCAUAUGAAACUAGAUCAAGGAGACCAUGAAGCUUUGUUUCUUGGAGAUCGUUUGUCAAGAAGCCACAUGUUGUGGGGUCGACUACAGGACAUUGAAGAGACACCAGCUCUAUUAUACCAUUGGGGAGGAUCUCGUUCAUGCCAACAUAUGCUCUGUUCCCUUAAUAUUGACACUAGGAAUAUAAUUCCAACACCACCUUUUUUUCAGUUACGUAAUCCCUCCAUUCCUCUAUUUGCUUCGGGCCUUGGCCUCCUUGAGCCCACCAGGGAACCAGUACUAACUGACAGGUGUCAUGAAAAGUUGCUUCCAGCAGAGCAACCAAUCUCACCAGAAAAAUCUUCGGAGUUAAUACCACCAGUACAGUUUGACUGGAGAACAAGUGGACUUAUCAAUCCACUGGAAUCUGAGCUUUCCUCAUCUGCCCUGUUGGAUCUGGACUUUUUUUCAGCUAAUGAUGCUAUAGGAGAAAAUAAUCACACUGUUAAAACAUCAAGUUUAGAAGAAGAGUUUCUUGGCCCUACCCCUCAAUCUCCACAGAAAUUGGAAUCUGAACCUGAACAUCAACCCCAUCUGCUGGAGAAAUUACUCUCCAGUGUAAAACCUACUACAACAACUGUCUUCCCCUCCAAGCAAGCAACCCGUCCUCCUGGGUUAAGUUCAGAGGCCAAGAAAGUUCUAGAUAAACUACCAGAUCUUUCUUUCAUGCAGGCCAAGGUCCUAAUGUUUCCUGUCCGCAGCUCCUCUGUUUUGUGAAAAGUGGCUAAAACUUUCUUUUAUCCUGGUAAAUAUAAAGUUAAAAUGAUAAAAUUGCAGAUCAAAUCCUUGAUGUUUCUUCCUUAGACAAAGUCAGAAGCUUUCACUGAUAGCUCUUUAUAGUUAAAAAGUGUGCUUUUCACAGAGCUUUUAUUGUUCAAAAGUUCUCUGUAUUGUUUAUUUAUAAACAUUCUAACAGUUUCAGUGAUGUUUAAAUACUGGAUGAUUUUUUCAUAUCAUUGAAAAACAAAAUGUGUGUGACAGUGCAAAAUACAUUAUUUUGCUUAAGUUGUUGAUUAUUUUAAUAGAUUAGAGGGAGAAUAUUAUGUAAUGUAAAUACUGAAAAUCAACUUUUCUUUAAUGUGGAUAAAGAGUAAGCUUUUUUUUGUGAAUUACUGCUUUGUACAGAAGGUUAAAAAUCUAACAUGUUUCCUCUGAAUGAAAUUCUUCUGUUUCUAUUCAUGCUUUACAAACAUAAUAUAUAAAUCAUAAUUUAGCAAAUGCCCCUUGUGUCAUUUUUGCAUAGCUUUUGUUUUCUUUUGUGUAUGAUUGGUUUAUCCUGUUUGUUCAGAAACUAGAUUAGUUGAAGAGGAUACAUAAACACCAAAAAAGUUUAUUUCUUAUGAUUAUCGUACUAGUUUUGAUUGUAACUGGACAAAUUAGUUGUGAAUUUUAAUGCUGACAGCAACAAGGUUGGUAAAGAACAAGGCAUGCUUUUCAUGUAUCUAAUAAAAAAUAUGCUUAAGUUAUUAAAACCUAUGUAUAAUACAGUUCUUACUUUCAUGUCGAUAUUGGCAGUGGACUAGUCAUGUUUGUACUUAAAUAAACCCGAUUAAGGAUGAGCUGUUACUGUAUGAUUCAAAAGUAGUCUCUCUUUUUUUUUAUCCCCUACUUGUGGGAUAUAUAAAAAAAUUGAUUGAAGGACAUGUAAUUCUAAGACAUUUAUACUUCCUGUACCUCUGCAAAGCUCAAGAAAGCAAAAAUGUGUAAUACUACAUAUUAUUUUUGUGUUUUAAUCAACUGAGCUAAUUAAGCAAGAAGAUCAACAUCCUAGUUUGUAUUUUUUAUAAAACACUAACAAAGACAGGUGUUUUCAAUAGACUGAACAGUUUUUUUUGUUUUAAUGAAAGUGGAACUUGUUUAUAGUAAUAUUUUUUUUAAAUGUUCAUUUUUGUUACAAGUUACUGUUAAACAAUUCAAAUAUUGAAAUGUCAGCUGUUUUGGUUAAUCAUACUUAUAUAUAAUAUUUGGUUUAUCAUACUAGUUAAUUAACCUUGCGUUUGUAGAAUUAUAUACAGACUUCUCUAUGUUUAAGUACUUUUCUUUUAGUUGCAAGCUUUUGGCCCUCCUACUUGAGCCUUCAUCAGGCAACAACGUACUUAACAAUAAAAAUUAUUUUAUCUGUGGAUCACCACUUUAAAAUAGGUAUCUAGGCGACAGUCAUAACAGUAACUAACAUCUGGUAUUAAAGUUAUU